CAUAUACUUGUAUAAAUGGCGUCCUUCGACUCGUACCCGGCCAUGCCGCCACCGUACCCUUCCAGCAUCGACCACGAUUGGGCUGACUCCCCUUGGCAAUACUCUUCAUCCUCUCCCUUCCAAGACCCUUACUUCACUCAACCCUACGGAUACGGGCCCUCGCACGGUCCGCACCAGCUGAAGCAAGAGGCAGGAGCAGACUACGGUAAUCUCAUCCGCGCCCUCGCACCCCUGGCUACCAAAGGUACGGGGCGCCCUGUCACGCCACGUCUGCCGUCGAUGAAGGCUUAUGAAGAUACGUCAGCUAUGAGCUCGAGCUUUGCAUCUCCCCAACAUCGCUCUGUGCCAAACACGUUCAUGUCCCCCCGUAGCGAUUACAGCGCCAGCUCUAGUGAAGGAAUGCUUCCCAGCUUGUAUUCACCACCGCCGAUGCCAUACGGAUACCCUCCGAUGCCGGAUGGACCGCUUGGUGAAACUCCUUACCAAUUGCUCAAUUACAUGGCUCAAUUAAAAGGCGAUAGCGUUCAUGACAUGUCUGGCUCUUCGUCCGCCUCUUCCUCCCGCCACGGCUCGCCUACCUCCGAUCCCAACCAACCAAUUAAGCGCCUUCCCUGCUUGCACCCGGGCUGCGAUCGCACAUUCAAGCGUGAGUACACACGUGCCGUGCACAUGACGACACACCAGCCUCGUGAGAAGCAGCGGUUCAAAUGCCAGAUAGCGCCAUGUCAGGAGGAGUUCAGCCGCCGACACGACCGCUUCCGCCAUGAGGUUCACAUCCACGGCGUCGAGAGUGAGUGGAAGUGCCACAGCUGCGGCAAGUUCUUCGCCAAGGAGAUUACGCUGGUGAAGCAUGCCUGUGCCGCCAAGAGGGCGGAUGGCUGGUGAUUCAUUUGGAGAUCUCCCGCAUGGAUUUGGAUCUCAUGGACUGUCUUCGUGAUAUUUGUCGAAAAACUAAGUAUUAGGGAACCCGAACGUCCUUCCAUGGUUGUAUUACUGUCGCGCUUCUGAAUUGUUUUAGUACUGGCUUGUCUAGUGUUCUUUACCUCCGACUUAUACCUCUACUUGCAUUACUAGUCACGAUGUU